AUGAGUACAGUGCGGUCUAGGGCGACGUCCCGAUCGCGACUUCAGCGGCCUGUGAUGCCAGCAAGGAAGGCAUCCGCUGCACCGUCGUCGUUGAUUCGUUGGCACAUUGGUGAAAAUGGCCGUAUUUCUAACUUUGACAUGAAAGUACUGCGAAGAGACAUUUUUUGGCGGCUUGAAAACGGCCCCCUUUACACGCUGGAGGAAUGCCGUACGUUUCUUCUGGAGCUCUCACGCGUGGCGGCUGCGUGGCAGGAGGAAGAGUUUCCGCAGUUGAUGUAUCUUGUGGAUAUGCACGAGCGGUUGAUGCCUGGUGUAUCACUUUCUUUUCAGUGGCCCACAGGCAAUGCGGAACUCUUGCCGCUGGCGGACAUUUCUGGCGUGGAGGGUAGUUUGCCGAUGUUAACGAAAGUUGUGGAGGAAAUGAACCGCGCCGUUGCACGGAUGAUUGAUCGUUUGUGGGACUCUCGCAGAGAGCGUCUGAUUUUUGCCGCCCGUCUGCUGCAAGAUAUCGAACCGCUGUUGCAGGAGUUGAGCGGUGGCGCUUCGUCAGCGUAG